AGAAUCAUUUUCCACUCUAGUAAACACACAUUUGACACUUGAAUCGACGCGACGGUGAGUAAAGUAGUUCAACAUACUGUAAUACUACGUUAUCGAUUCUCGCUGGAGUCGCGUCAGUACAGCUGUUUCGUGUAGGCAUGAUACAUCGCUUUCGAAGCAUCUCGAAGUAAUCUUUGGAACUACUUUAUAUGACAAAUCGUACCGUCAGUGUAUUAUUGAUAUAUAGAUAUCGACGAGAGUACGUAAUAUGCGUGUGUACAGUGGAGCGAUAACAAAUUAGCGAUAUUCCACAGUACCAUUUCGUAACACAAUGACGGCGGCUGGAAAUUACGCGUUACAAAAAUUCAACGCCGGAAUCAUAUUCGCGUGCGUGCUUGGUCUCGUUUUUUCAUACUACGCUUACACCGUGGAGGUCAAAAAGGAGCAGAAUGAUUCGUACCAACCGCUGUGCGACAUCUCCGAGCAUAUAAGCUGUACCAAAGUGUUUAUGACUGAGUAUGGCAAGGGAUUCGGAUUGUUUCCAAAAGAUUCCGUGUUUAACAUUUCAAAUCCUAUAUACGGUUUAAUGUUUUAUACUCUGAUCACAAUUUUAAGUAUGAUUAAUAAUUACACCUUUUCGGCCGCCACUGUUAUUCUGGGAAUAAUCUCUAAUAUUUUAUCGAUAUACUUAAUCCAUAUAUUAUAUCUACAAAGAGAUAUCUGCGUUGUGUGUAUUAGCAUGUACAUUAUAAAUGUGGUGAUCACAUUUCUCGCUAUCAAAAAAUUCCGAAAAUUCCAAAAAUUUACCUCAGGCGAUACGCAUAAAAAGGUGAAAUAAAAAUAAAA